UAAAUAAUGAUUUACAAAUAAAAGAACAAGCUACACAACAGAUGACCAAGAUUCUCUAAAGUUACUUGUUUAAAACCAAAGUUUUUAUAAAACAUUUAAAAAAAAAUGAGCGAAGCAAUACAGAAGUACAAGUUUCUCAAAUCAAACACAGUAGGGAUUGUAGGUGUCUCUGUAAAGGAAGGACAAAAUCUAUUAGGUGUAGAACUUGCCCCUGAAAAAAUUCGGAAUGGUGGACUUUUUGAAGUCAUAAAGAGUUUAAAUUGGGACUAUUCAGACAAAGGAGAUAUCAAAACCGAAGAUAUUCAAACACAAAAAUGCUCUGCAAAGAUAUACAAGUACGAAGAACUUAAGAAUGUCGAUAUUAUUGGUGCAGCGAACGAAAAGCUACACAAUAAAACUUCAGAGAUCGCUGAAUUAGGACAGUUUUGCAUUACUCUCGGAGGUGAUCAUGGAUGUGCAUCUGGAUCCAUUUCAGGGCUAAAGAAAGUUUAUAAAGAUUUAAAGGUAAUAUGGGUAGAUGCGCACUCUGAUUGCAACAUUCCCGAAACUUCUCCGAGCGGAAAUUAUCAUGGAAUGCCUGUUGCUCAUUUACUUGGUUGGAUUCCUGACGGAAGUGUUCCUGGUUUUGAUUGGUUUAAAAGUUGUUUGAAAAACGAGGAUAUUGUAAUAAUUGGUUUAAGAGACGUUGAUGAAGGAGAAAAGGUUUUACUUAAAAAGCAUGGAAUUAAAUGCUUCUCAAUGCAUGAUGUAGUCAAAUAUGGAAUCUCAGGGGUAAUGGAGAAAACAUUUGAGUAUUUCAGAAAAGAUGGAGUAGAUCACCCAAUUCAUAUUAGCUAUGACGUAGACGGUAUUGAUCCUACAGUAGCUUACGGAACAGGAACAAAAGCUCGAGGUGGCUUAUUGUACAGAGAAGCUCACUAUAUAGUAAGAGAGGUUGUAAGUACUGGACAAUUUGUCAGUAUGGAUGUUGUUGAGGUAAAUCCUUUACUUGACAAAGAAAAAGAAUACUUCCAUGGAGAUAGUAAGCUAAUUAAAGGCACAGAAACUGUUUGCUUGGCUAUUGAACUUUGUGCUUCAGCGCUUGGAUACACCUUGCUAUAAAUAAUGUAACAUUAUAUGAAUGAACAUAAUGAUAUACUAUAAAAAACAGCUGAUUAACAACAACAACAAAUUAAAUAUUUCCUCAUUUUAAUGUGACAACAAAUAUACUUAUAACUUUUAAAACUUUUCAAACUUUUUUAAGUAUUUUUUUAACAACUUUUAGUAUCUAGGCGUAAAUUGUAUUUUUAAUUUUUUGUAAUUUAGUUAUUUUGGAUUUUAAGUAUUUUUCAUUUUAAAUAUUUUGUAGUUAAAAUAUUUUAUGAUCAAAAUAGUUUUUAAUUUAGAUAUAUUUUAAUUUAAAUAUUUUGUUUCAAUUUUUAAUAUCUUGAUUGUAAUUUAAUAAUAUUUCUCAUUUAGUUUUAUACUUUAUUUUUGACAAAAAGAA